AUUCACGACACCGUCGGCAUCGACCCGCGGCCCUGUUUUGGAUCGCAUGCAGGUCACUCAUCUUGGUUCUUGGAUCAACACACUUCGUGGCUCUCUGCGACAAUGUUCCCCUGUCGCUAUGGUUUCGCGCAAAUGACAUAGGCUUCACGCCCGCACACGUUGUCCCAGGCCAUCCCAUCCGCUGCGGCGACGUCGUUCACCAUGGGGAGCGUCUUGGAUAAAAACUCCUCCUUGGUGAGGAAGCGCAUCGAAGGGCACACUUUUGACGGCGAGGAUGGAGAAGAGUACGAGGGCAGCGAGUUCCAUGGCUUCGGCGACUACUUUCGGCGCAAGAAGAUCAAGCUCCAGAAUCUCGACGCCGACAUGCGCGUCUCAUCCGACAAGCCGCAGAUCUUCAAGGGCAUCGUCGCCCACGUCACAGGCUAUACGCAGCCGCCGCUUCACGUCCUACACCGCGAAAUCGUCCAGCACGGAGGCGGUUUCCUCCAGUACCUUGACUCAAAGACCAUGGCCACUCACAUCAUCGCAUCCACUCUACCGCCCAAGAAGUCCGUAGACUUCAGCCGGUACAGGAUUGUCAAGCCGGCGUGGAUCAUGGACUCGGUGGAGGCCGGCAAGCUGCUUCCCUGGUCCGAGUAUCGCGUUCUCGACGAGGGGCCUCGGCAAAAGGUGCUCAAGUUCGGUGACGGUGGGGGCUUGUCUCAGGCGAGCCCUAGCACGAGGAAAGGCUAUCGCGAGCAGACGGACAACAGCUUCUACACCAGCCAGAUGAAAGCCAGAGCGGCCGCGGCCGGGCCAUCCUUGCCGAUCCAGGACAUGACCCAGCUGGCGGAGAAGCUGCAGAGUCCUGGGCAAGUAACGACCAGUCGGAGCGUCAAGGAUCUGCAGUAUCAACGCAGCUUUGGCGUCGGCAGCACCACGACCAGCGCACCUCAUGAUUCUUCCGUGUCCGGCCAAGGGACGAGCUCUACCGACGCUCCGUCGAUGUUUGAACCUCCCCCAGACACCGAGGCAGAUUCGUCAAGGACACCACCUCCUGAUGAUUUGCAUCGGCAAGGGCCCGCGGAUAUGACUUCAGAGGAGCACAACGCCUGGUUGCUGUCCGACCCAAGACUACGAAAAUCAUCUACGGCAAACCCCGAGUUUCUCAAGCAGUUUUACUCGGAAAGCCGCUUGCACCAUCUGUCUACAUGGAAGGCAAGCCUCAAAUCAUCAAUGCAGCGGCUGGCGGCAGAAAAGGGCCUGUCACAAAAGAAGAUCAAGAAGAGGCCCGGCGCCAGGUCAUACAUCAUGCAUGUUGACUUUGACAGCUUCUUUUGUGCCGUGUCCCUGAAGAAACACCCGGAGUUUACCGACAAACCGACGGCGAUCGCCCACGGAACCGGGCCGGGGUCAGAAAUUGCAAGCUGCAAUUAUCCCGCGCGAGGAUUUGGCAUCAAGAACGGCAUGUGGAUGAAGCGCGCACUCGAGCUAUGCCCAGAUAUCAAGGUGCUACCGUACGACUUUCCUGCCUACGAAGAUGCCAGCCGGCUUUUUUACGAAUGCAUCAUGGCAGUGGGGGGCGUUGUGCAGAGCGUCAGCAUCGACGAGGCUCUGAUCGACGCCACGUCGAUUGUUCUCGACACCUCUGCGUCUCAGGGGAUCGGGGUCGACGAGGGCAGCAUAUGGAGGGAACAAGAGAAGGCCGACGAGAUUGCUCUGAGCUUGCGCGACAGGAUUAAGGCCAAAACGGGAUGCGCCGUGUCGGUCGGAAUUGGCAGCAACAUUCUCCAGGCCAAGGUUGCGCUGCGUAAAGCAAAGCCAGCAGGUCAAUAUCAACUCAAGCCCGAGGAUGUCCUCAGCGUCAUUGGAGACCUCACCGUCGAGAAUCUCCCUGGAGUCUCCUACAGCCUUGGCGGGAAGCUGGAAGAGCUGGGUGUCAAGUUCGUCAAGGACAUUCGUGAGAUCUCCAGAGAGCGACUCACUUCUGCACUCGGGCCUAAGACUGGAGAAAAGCUCGCAGAGUACGCCCGUGGUAUCGAUCGCUCGGAAGUUGGCGAACAGCCGCCCCGCAAGUCAGUGUCUGCGGAGGUCAACUGGGGCAUUCGUUUCAUCAACCAGCCUGAAGCCGAAGAGUUUGUCUAUAACCUCUGCAAGGAGCUCGAGAAGCGGCUAGUGAGCGAGCAGGCCAAGGGGAAGCAUCUUACCAUGAAGAUCAUGAGACGGUCCCUUGACGCGCCACUCGACCCAGCGAAGCAUUUGGGUCACGGCAAGUGCGACACCUUCAACAAGAGCUCCGCCUUUGGCGUUGCAACGCACAACUACGAGAUCAUUGGCAAGGAGGCAGUAUCCAUACUCCGCUCAUUCAAGUUUAGUCCUGGAGAUCUACGAGGACUAGGUGUGCAAAUGACCAAGCUCGAGCCCAUCAAGCCAAGUGCCGGGGCUGAGGGAAGCCAGAAGACUCUGCAGUUUGGGGCGUUUGCAGGGCCAUCUCCUGCGAGGAAGCACACGCCGAUUGAGCAAAUCGAUGAAUCGGAAAGUCCGCAGAAGCGAAGCUCUGAACGGCGAGGGUUCGACGUCGAUCCGAUCACAGAGGAUCCAUUGACGCCUCGGAAGCCCAAGGUCCACCCAGCGAUGGCGCUUUCGCGGGCAAGCGCGGGUGAUGCCAAGGCCACCACGCCUCUCAACGUGUCGGGAACUCAAUUCAUCAUCCCAAGCAAUGCCGACCCGGCCGUCUUGGCUGAGCUGCCGAGUGAUAUCAGGAGCAGGUUGAUGGCCCAGCGUUCGAAAGGAAGCGGGAGUCGAGUUGACUCUGGUUCCGCCUGCCCACAAGGGAAUGAUCUUGUUCCCUCUCAGGUCGAUGCAGAGGUGUUCAAUGCGUUACCAGAUGACAUGAAGGCUGAAAUCCUGGCGACGUACGGACGAAGGCCAGCUGCUACGCCGUCCCGAGCGCAGUCACCGAGGAAAGACGUUCUCGCGCAGCCACGCAAGCAAACCACCCCAUCGAAACGCGGCGGCAUUCGUGGCCUGUUUGGCAAGGCUCAGCGGCAAAGAGAUGCGCAGGCUGGAGUGAUCCAGACGAGUUUCAAGCCGCUCAAACGCGGUGACGAGACUCCGACCGAAGGGGACAUUGAGGAACUAGAUCCUGAGUUCCUCGCCGAGCUCCCAGAGGAUGUGCGCAAGGAGGUCAUCGAUGAUCACAGGCGCCGGCGGCUGGCGCAGAGGUCAGGCCUGAACGCGCCCUCGCGGAGGCCUCAUGGCGCGGAUGCGGAGGCUGCCCGACGGAGUGGACAGAGGCGGAUCCCGUUCCCGGCGCCUCCACCCAAGGUCGCGUUUGCCAGCUCGGGCGUCACCUCGACACGGGAGAUCAAAGACAUGCUAGACGCCUGGCACGACGAGACUCGGAGUGAUGGGCCACAUAGCGGCGACAUCGAGGUGUUUGAAAAGUACCUGGCCAGGGUGGUCUUGGAGGAGAGGGACCUGGAGAAGGUAGUGAUGCUGAUGAGGUGGCUGGCACUACUUGUCGAGCAAGACGGGCAGCCCGGAAGGGGUUUGGACGAGUGGCGGAGGGCCAGAACCCAGUUGGAGGAAGCGGUGCAGGCGGCCGUGAAGCAGAGAGGGCUGGCGCCUCUGAGAUUUGAGUAAUGACGACUUAUGAGAUGAUACCAACCACUGGAGAGUAUAGCAAGACGGCUAGGAGAGGAGGGCGCCGAGUAUGAAAACGUUGAAUUAAUGAAUGCAAGUCUAUG